UAAGUUUGACACUCCUGGUCUACAGUGGCUUACAUGGGCGUCUCAUGAAUGCUGAAAUUCAGGCAGUAGGAGAAUGGAGGCCAGCCCAGAAUACAGCAUAUCAGAGAUCCAUAGUUUUUUUUAAAGGCACUAUAGGCUUUUUAUUGGGAACUUUGCAUAUUAUUACAUUGGAAUAACAUUGUUUUUCUGAGGCACACUUGCUCACAGCUACCUCCUCUUGGCAGUCAGAAGCAAACAAAAAUCUACAUACUUUUAAAUUCUCAGAAGUUAUUCGCUCUCAGAAACAGCCAACCAGACCAGGAUCAAGCACUUACUGAAAAUGAAUGAAUAUAAUGAUUCAUUACCUGUAUAUAAUCAGCUAUAAUGUAUGAAAUUAUGAGAUUAACUGUGUAUUGUUCUGGUGUGUGCUUUCAGUGUUUGAUUCAAUCUUGUAAUUUUUUUUUUUUUUUUUUAAAUCAACUUUUACUAAAUCAUGCACAAGGUUAAUGCAAAACUAUCUCACAACAGGUAGUACUCCAGGUACUCCGAUUUCCUCCCCCAUUAUAGGCUGAGUGGCAUGUCCAAAGUGUCCGUGGUAUAUGAAUGGGUGUGUGAUGUGCCCUGUGAUUCAUUGGCACCCUGUCCAGUGUGUACCGCACCUUGUGCCCCAUGCUCCCUGGGAUAGGCUCCAGGUUCCCCGUGACCCUGAAGAAGGAUAAGCGGUAUAGAAGAUGGAUGGAUGGAUGGAUGGAUGAAGUGCCUCCUGUGUUUUUCUUUUUGUUUGUUUGUUUGUUUCUAAUGUCAGAUCCAUAUUGCUUAACCUCGUUUAUAAACUGUUCAAAAGCUGGCUUAGCUUUAGUCCGUUUUCAACACGAUACUUCCUAAGUAAAAUAAACUGUAAAUACUGUAUGAUUAAAAAAACAAUACUUUUGCAAUCAAUAUUAUCAUGUAGAUUCCUUCCUGUACUGUGACAGACAUCACGAGGGUCCUCGACGUCACUACUACAGGGCAGACGGAAGUGCUCGUGACGUCACCGGCGAACUGCAACAAGACGACGGUGUUGCAACAAUACGGUUACAUUUGAUCAUCAAGUCCCUGUUCGGUCUUUAUUUUGAUACUACCAGGGAAUCAAGCGAAACGGCUCCUUUUCGCGUACAGUGAAAGAAACGUCGGCGGUGUGUCGUUUCAGGUGUUUUUCAUUAUGUCGAAUCGUCUGGCCUUUCAGACUCAGCUAGCCUCCAUCAUGGAGGUACUGGCGAAUGCAGCCGUGGCAGAAAUCUGUAAACUGGUGGACGAUGACUACGCGGUGAUUAAUCUGCAGAUGUCUCAGUGCCAGCGCGAAAACAAGGCUCUGAAGAGGAAACUUCAUCUGAUGGAGCUGCGAAUGGCACGAGGUUACGCCGAAAGGAGAAUCCGCGAAAGCUCAGGAAAUCGCUCCAGUAGAGUCCAAGUGAGCGCAAAUCUAUCAGACAAAUACAGAGCUCCUGUUGCUGACAUUUUUCCAAAUCAAGAUGAACUCUAUGGGAGGCAGUUAAAUGAGGAUGCUUGGAGAGAUGGAGAAUCUUCCAGUGCAAUUGUGCCAAUUGGGCAUCCAGUCAUCAAACGUGAUGAGAAUGGGCAUGAAGACUCCAGCCAGGCAGGACCAAACUCUGUACUUGUUAAGGCUGAGACAUCUGAUGAGGGGCACACACAGCAGCAACUAUUCAUUCGAGAAGAUGGAGUGGCAGAACCUGUGUGUGAGGGUGUGGAGGCAGAUUAUGGUGCUGCUCAAGUGGAUAAAGUGGAUGGUCAGAACUCCAGGACACGGCACGAGGCUUUGGAGCACCAAAAGACAGAUGAUGAAGUGCCAGACGUGCUGUUCAUAAAGGAAGAGCAUUCAGAGCUCGAACAGCAAGAAAGCCAGACACAUGGUGGCAUGACCCUGCAAGACGGAUUUGUGGAGUCCAGCACGGACGUUUGUGCAAACAGAGUCUCUUCCCCACCUGUGCAGAUCACAUUAGCUCUCAAUGUACAGGAGCCUCUCGAGUUGGAGUCAUCCCUUGCGAAGGGUCAAAGUAGACAUCAAGAAGAACACCAGGGAACUUCCAGUCAGUCAACAGACAAGCAGAUUACUAUACAUGACUCCCAGACUGCUGGGUCUCUGUGUUCACGUGAGCCAGUUCUUCCUCAGAGCGAUGUCAAAGUGUGGGAUAUCUCCAGUUCCCAGUCUCAUCUCCAAGGGUCAGAUGAGAGCGGCAACAUCCCACUUUCAAACCAGAAUGCUCAGAGAAAAAAGGUAGUGUCUGUCGAUAUGCUAGGAGCGAAUAGUACACUGUAUGAAAGAGCGAAGGAGCCGGAGAGUUCUUUUCCACGAUGGACUGCAAAUAGCCCUUCUGACAGUCAACCAUCUUGUUCAUACAUUAUGGAAGUAGAGCAAGACCAAGACUGUGUUCUGAUACAAUCAGGACCUGUGUCUGUUCGGGGAAGGCACAAAGGGGCUGCAUCAAACAGGCUUCAGGAUCCCAGAGGGCUUCAUAGGGUGGAGGAAGAGUGGAGUACAGUCACUGCUUCAAGCCAAGCCCAUACUCAGCAGUUCAGUCAUUUCAACAGGACUCGAUUAGAUGCAGCAAACCGAGCAAAUCUCACUCAGGCUGUUCCAAACUUACCACAUCCUGCAGUUUCUCUCGCUGGCCUUCAGCUUCCAAGGCUGAAGCAGAAGGGCAAGAGGAAAAGUUAUAUCUGCAGGUACUGUGGAAAGGCUUUUACUGGGCAGUCUAACUUAGAGGCUCAUCAACGCAUCCACACUGGAGAGAAGCCUUUCAAGUGUGAGACCUGUGGGAAGCUCUUUACAGAAGCAGGAAACCUGAAGAAGCAUCAGAGAGUGCAUACUGGAGAGAAACCGUUUGUGUGUAAUCGCUGUGGGAAGUGUUUUGCCUGGAUCUGUAAUCUCAGGACACAUCAGCAGUCUGCUUCCUGUGGGGGGGUGUAAGGAAAAAAAUCUGAUUUGAUCACUUUUACUAAAAAAAAGUUCAAAAAUUCACAUAAAAUCUGUGUGCUUGCUAAAAAUGGCUGGACAGGUGGAAUCCAAUAGAUCUAAUAGUUACUAAUAGAUAGUAACUAUUAGACAGUGACUAAAAGCUUAUUGCCCACUCCUAGUAUGGACGAGUGAGGAUGAACAGAGUUUCAAGUUAAGACACAUGGUGCUUUCCUCUAUAUUGGUUCGGUGCCUUAAUUGUUCCCUGUAAACUUGGUCUGUUUUAAGAUUUCAGAAAUUGCAAACGCCAUUCUACCUCUUGAAUUUUUCUGCGGACGAAAACAAAGCAAUAUGUUUGAACCAGAUGGAAGAAUAUCCGAUUAUGAUUCAGUGCUGGAACAUAUUCAGCAAAUGAUGAUAGCAAUGUACCAUGAACUCCAGUGUAUGCUGACUCAUUGUAAAAUAAUGAAACGAAUAAGAUCACAUUAAACAUUGGAAGCAUUUGUAAAACAGAAGUGAACUUUGUGCACACUUUUCAAGUUAGGCUCUUUGCAAUGUAAAUGGGAAGUGGUGUAUUACCAAAAAUGAACUAUAGAAGUCAGUUACACACUUAUUAAUUAGACCACAAUGCUGUUGAAUUGUCAAUCCUGAUUGGUCAGAAGAUAUUGAAUAAUUUUCUAUAACCGGUUUAUACCUAGGUAGGAAAGUAAUUUUCAAAUCACAGGUUUACAUUAAUGCGCUCCUUCUAAUACGUUAUAGUUUCUAUUGUAAUAACUUACACAGGGACUUAUAUGGAGGACACUACAUAAUCUAAGAUUAAAAGGCAUGUUAUUUAACAAAGAAAAUUGUAAAAUCAUUGAUGUGGUGAUGCUUUCCGUAUGAUUUAAUUUUUUUAAUUUAACAUAAGGAACGUGGCUACAAGUUUGUGGACACCUGACCAAUACACCCAUAUGUGAUUUUUGAAUAUCCCAUUCCAGAUUAAGUCCCCUUUUUGCUGUUAUGAUAAUCUCCACUCUUCUUGGAAGGAUUUGAUCAUUCAGCCCAAGAGCAUUAGUGAGGUUAGACACUGAUGUAAGGUGUGAAGUAUUAGUGUUCCAGUCAGUGUUCCAGUUUUUCCCAAAGGUGUUCAGUGGGGUUCAGUUCAGGGCUCUGUGCGGGCCACUUUAGUUCCUCCACUUCAACCUUGGCAAAACAUGUCUUCAUGGAUCUCGCUUUCUGAACAGGAGCCCUGUCCUGCUGAAAGGGUUAUUAUCAGUAUACUGUGCCUUUGGGACUACAUAACAAUUAAAAAAAAAAAUUAAGAUUUCAAGAUAUUCUUUGAAUAUUCACCAUAUAAGACUUACACUUGUAUUAUGCAACGGCUGGGCAACAUCUUGUGACUCAUAACACGUUAUGUCAACCUUGUCAUGGACAAAUACAAAGGUGAUAAAUUAUGUUUCUAAAGCAUUAUAGAAAUGAUAAAGUCAUGUUCAGAGUGUUAUUGUGUCCCCUUUUCAACAAUAUUUCUUAUGGCACCUAAAAAUCUUUUAGAAUUAUGUAUUUUAUUGUAGAAUUAGUUUAAUUCCUCACUGUAUCUGCAUCAGACGUUUUUUUUUUCUCCAAAAUCAAAGUAAUCUUUAGAACAAAUUUGUAAUAUUAUUAUUUGACUCAUUGUUAUUUAUAAGAAAUCAACUAUAAUGUUGUUGUUGUUUUGGAGUUUUUUUUUAAGCUGUGAAGAAUUAUUGAUUUAUUUAAAUAAAAAAUGAAGAUGAUGGGGUGGACAAGGACAUAACAGGGUGGACAGAGAUAAGACUGAGUUAAGUAAUAUAUUACAUUGUUGGAACAAAAGUAAACAGUUGUGAUUUCAUGAGAACAUUUAGUGAAUUUGCAAUAUAAAUAUAAAGAAUUUGAAUCUCAAGGUUUGCUCCGCUCAUAUAAAAUGCACUGCAGGUUCUGACUCCACCAGAACCUCUUGAACACUGCCGAUGAUAGAAGCCCUUGGUUAGUAUAUGAAGCCUCUAAGUAUGCUACAAUCAAACUGAUUAUUGACACAAAGUAAGCUGAUUUUAAUGAUGUAAUGAUGUAAAAUGUUUGCUCGGCUCAUAAAAACUCGUAGCAGGCUCUUACAGGAGCACAAACCUUUGAACAUUAACAAAACCCCUUGGCAAAGAUACGAAGUUUAGAGUAUGCUGCAACCAAACUGAUCAUUGACAAAUAAAGGGAACUGAUUUCACCAGUUUUAAAAUUAUUCAACCCAGUCGGUGAGGAAGCUGAAGCUUGGUU